CAUCCCGUCGCUUCAUCAUGGAUCUGAGGAAUAUAAGACUCGGUGGAUUUAUUGCACAGAUCGCCCUUCUUCUUCACGGCCCGUACGGGGCAACUGGAGAAGAGGUGUGUGACAGCCCACUGGUGUCCAAUCUGUCACCGUCAUCCUUCAGAAGCUCCUCCCAACUUUCCAGCAGCCAUGGGCCAGGCUUCGCAAAGCUGAACAGGAGAGAAGGUGCUGGAGGAUGGUCUCCUCUGAAGUCAGACAGGUACCAAUGGUUGGAGGUGGACUUGGGGGGGCGGACCCAAAUCACCGCCAUCGCCACACAGGGUCGCUACGGCAGCUCUGAUUGGCUGAGAGCCUACCUUCUGAUGUUCAGUGACACGGGACACAACUGGAAACAGUACCGGCAGGAGGACAGCAUAGGGGCCUUUCCCGGUAACACUAAUGCAGACAGCGUGGUUCAGUACAAGCUCCAGCAGCCAGUGAUAGCUCGCUACCUCCGUCUGAUCCCGCUGGACUGGAAUCCAAAUGGACGGAUCGGACUCAGGCUGGAAACAUAUGGCUGUCUUUACAACUCUGAUGUGGCAAGUUUCGAUGGCAGGAGCAGCCUGCUCUACAGAUGGAGCCUUAGGCCAAGGCAGACGGACAGAGAGGUCAUUUCUUUCAAGUUUAAAACCCCAAGAAAUUCUGGGAUACUCCUCCAUGCAGAAGGACAAAGACAACUCAGCCUUACUAUGGAAUUGGAGAGAGGAAAGCUACUGCUGCUGCUCAGACGAGGGAGGAGUUCGUCCUCUGAGGAUCAGCGUCUGGUCUCCCUGGGCAGCCUGUUAGAUGACCAGCACUGGCACCAUGUAGCCGUGGAGCGUCUGGGCUCUCAGCUCAACUUCACUGUGGAUAAAAGCACACAGCAUGUUCACGUCCCAGCAGAGCUCAGCCACUGGGACCCGGAGCAGCUCAGUGCGGGAGCAGUCCAGAUCCACAGCUCUCAGAAGCUGAUCCACUCCAAGAAGAACUUCCAUGGCUGCCUGGAAAACCUGCUUUACAACGGCUUUAACCUGAUAGACCUAGCUAAAAGCAAGAACCAGCAGGUCACUGUCAUGGGCAAUGUGACCUAUACUUGUGCUGAGCCAGUUUCAGUUGCUGUGACAUUCUCUGGUUCCCAGAGUUAUCUCCAACUGCCGGGGGCAAUAGCAUCAUCAUCAGGCGGCAUGUCUGUGGGCCUCCAGUUCCGCACAUGGAACAAGGCGGGGCUGUUGUUGACCUUUGACCUCCCCCAGCAGGGGGGUGUGGUCUGGCUGUACCUGAGUGUUGCCAAGCUCCGCCUACAGAUCCACAAAGCUGGCAGAGCACUGCUGGAACUCAGCGCAGGUUCGGGUCUGAAUGACGGUCAGUGGCAUUCUGUAGAGUUGAAUUCCAGACGAGGUCGUCUGGCCAUUUCUUUGGACAAAGAGGAAGGAGCCACCGCUCACACCACCCCGUCAUUUCCUGUCACCCCAGGAAGUCACCUUUUCUUUGGUGGUUGUCCUUUUGAGGAAAGCAGCCAGGAGUGUAGAAAUCCUUUUAAUCAUUUCCAGGGCUGUAUGCGUCUGCUCACUCUGAACAACCAACUUGUGGACCUGAUCAAAAUGCAGCAGAGGAUGCUGGGAAACUACAGUCACCUGCAGAUUGACAUGUGUGGCAUCAUUGACAGGUGUUCUCCUAGUCACUGUGAACAUGGAGGCAGGUGUAGUCAGUCAUGGACCACCUUCCACUGUAACUGUUCUGACAGCGGCUACGGCGGAGCAACCUGCCACAGCUCAAUAUAUGAGCAAUCCUGUGAGGCGUACAAAUACAGAGGAAACGCGUCAGGACAUUAUUACAUUGAUGUGGACGGAAGUGGAUCCAUCAAACCUCAGCUUAUCUACUGCAACAUGACAGACACAACGUGGAUGGUGAUUCCACACAAUAACACAGAGCUGACCAGACUCCAACCAUCCUCGAUGGGGAAAAAGCACUCAGCCCACUUUGACUAUUCAUCUGAGGAGGAGCAGUUAUUGGCCAUCAUCGGCCAAUCAGAUCACUGUGAGCAGGAAUUGUCCUACCACUGCAGGAAGUCCCGCCUCCUGAACACACCAGAGGGCUCUCCGUUUAGUUGGUGGGUGGGAGGUCCAUCUCCGGGGCAGAUCCAGACUUAUUGGGGUGGCGCUUUACCAGGCAGCCAGCAGUGUGCCUGUGGCCUGCAGGAGAACUGUGUGGACCAGAAGCAUUACUGCAACUGCGACGCCGACCGCAUGGAAUGGGCUAAUGACUCUGGCCUGCUGAUGCAUAAAGAGGCCCUCCCCGUCUGGUCUCUGGUACUGGGGGACAUCCAGAGGCCCGGGUCAGAGGCCGCCUACAGAGUUGGACCACUCCGUUGUCAUGGAGACAAGAACUUUUGGAAUGCGGCAUUUUUUGACAAGGAGACGUCGUACCUGCACUUCCCCACCUUCCACGGAGAGCUGAGCGCAGAUAUCUCCUUCCUUUUUAAAACCACAGCCUCCUCUGGGGUCUUCCUGGAAAACCUGGGCAUCAAAGACUUCAUCCGGAUUGAACUCAGCUCCUCUACUGAGGUCCUCUUCUCCUUCGACGUGGGGGACGGGCCGUUUGAGGUGCAUGUGGAGGCCGGCGCCCCGCUCAACGAUGACAGGUGGCACCGCGUGCUAGCGGAGCGGAACGUCAAGGAGGCAAUGCUACAUGUCGACAACCUCCCUCCCUCCACCCGGGAGGCCCCCACCGACGGACACAUCCACCUACAGCUCAACAGCCAGUUAUUUAUAGGAGGCACAGCGUCCAGGCAGAAGGGCUUCAGGGGCUGUAUCCGCUCCCUGCAGUUGAAUGGAGUCACCCUCGACCUGGAGGAGAGGGCAAAGAUCACCCCCGGGGUCCGGCCCGGCUGCCCCGGACACUGCAGCAGCUAUGGCUCUCUGUGCCAGAACCACGGCCGCUGUGAAGAGAAGACCACCGGUUUCUCCUGUGACUGUGGCCCUUCAGCCUACACGGGCGCUUUCUGCCAUAGAGAGGUGUCUGCCAGCUUCAAGCCAGGGACGUCCGUGCGUUAUACCUUCAAGGAGCCCUAUGAGCUGAACAGGAACAGCAGCAUCCUUCCCUCCUCCAUCUACUCGGAUGUCACUGUGAGAGGAGAGAACAUCUCUGUGAGCUUCAGGACCAGUCAGAGCCCAGCCCUGCUCCUCUAUGUCAGCUCCUACUACAGAGAGUACCUGGCCCUCCUCCUCAACAAACACGACAAGCUGGAGGUCAGAUACAAGCUGGACAACAGCAGAGAUGCUGAAGUGUUGAGGAGCGGAGUGAGGGGACUGGCCAACAGACAGCUACACAAGAUCACCAUCAGGAGACUUCUAGACACUGUGUCUGUGCAGAUAGACCAGCAUGCCAGAGAAGUCUUCAAUCUGACAUCUGAUGGAGAAUUCAACGGCAUCAAGUCUCUGAUUCUGGGACGAGUACAAGAGUCUGAUGAGUUGGAUCCAGAUCUGGCCAGGCUGGCCUCUCUUGGGUUUACUGGCUGUCUAUCUGUGGUCCAGUUUAAUGCCAUCAGCCCUCUGAAAGCCGCUCUGCUCUAUCCUGACACCAGUCCUGUCAUCAUCACUGGCCCAUUGGUCCAGUCUAAUUGUGGCUCCUCCACUCCAGCCAACCCCUAUGCAGCAGAAAACACACACCACCUGUCAGACCGGUCUGGUUCAGUGGGCACAGGUCAACCUAUAGUCAAUGCCAUCAGGAGUGACUCAGCUUUGAUUGGAGGUGUAAUUGCAGUGGCAAUCUUUGUCACUGUGUUUGGACUUGCAAUAUUGGCCAGAUACCUGUACAGGAGAAAAGAGACCUAUCGGAACCAGGAAGUGAAGGGGGUGAAAGCCGAAGACAGCCCAGAGUUCCCCUUCAACAGCCAGGCCGACUCCCAGAACAUUUCCAGUGAGAACCCAAAGGAGUACUUCAUUUAA